GGUAUACAACACACCAAAAUUAAGAAUUAAUUGGCUCUGGUCGUUUUCUGAAUGACAUAAACAGUCUUUUCUCGAUAUUGUGAUUUCCAGACUGAAGACACAUGCAGGGCUGACUUGCCACAGAGGUGUGAAGGUCUCAGGUGAAACAGCAUCCUCUCAAUCCUUCAUUAGACAAAUCACAUCAAACUGAUAAUUGUUCCCGUGCAGACUUUAAAGCGUAUUUCCCCACAAAAGGAAUCUAAUUAUUUUUCUUUCUAUCACAUUAACCGCCUAUUUAGCCUUAUUCACACCCCAGUGAUAACGAACGACGUCCUUCGGGAAGGUCGCAUUUUGGCACUUGAGGAUUUCUUUGAACUUUUUUUCGCCUGAGCUGUGAACCCAUAAACCUCCGGAGAUCCACUUCUGUAUAAAAACGCUUUGGCUACAAUCGCCUCCACACAACCUGACUCUCCAUGUCGCCUUUUCUGUGUCCGGAAGCCUCGGAAUAUUUCUAACAUGGACCUGGACCGUGUUACGGCUGAAAUGCUGUCCGAGUGGAAGAGCCACGAGAGCGCUUUUGGAGAAGAGCAGGACUCGCUUCAGUCAGCUUCGCCGGAGUCCUCCAUCGACUCCAUGUGCUCCUCACCGGAGAUGUGCUAUCACAGCGGGCAUCAGGAGAUAACAGAUUUCUCCUGCGGAUUCUCGGGACGAAGAGCAGCUUCGACAUCGCAGAGGACAAACAAACCCAAGAUGUCCACCAAAAGGCGCAUGAAGGCCAGCGAGAGGGAGAAGAUGCGCAUGAGAAGUCUCGCAGAGGCUCUCCACCAGCUUCGGGACUACCUGCCACCGGACUACAGCAAAAGAGGCCAACCCUUGACCAAAAUACAAACCCUCAAAUACACAAUUGAGUACAUAAACCAGCUUUCAGACAUUCUGAGCCGCGCGUGACGGACGCAGACGGACCACGUUUACGCAACUCCAGGCUGGACAUUUGAUGGGGUUGAUAUCCUGGUUGUCUGUCUCUGAGCUGUGCAACAUCUUUAAAAUAACUUAAUAUUUAGAUUUCAUGUCAUAUUUUCCUCCUGUUUUGCCCUUCAUCUGAUGUAAAUAUUAUUUUUAGUGGGCACUUGGCAUUUAUUUUUGUAUGUAAGGCUACCUUUAUGGCAACACGAAUAAGCCUGAAGGUUUGGAAAUGUAAUUUUCAGUUUAUGUGUUUGUUUCGCUGAUGGUAUUUUGGUGGGUACAAAAUACACCUUUUCUGUUAAAGAAUCCAGCAGGUAUUCAUGUUUAAUAAUUGAUUAUGACAGCCCUUUAAAUGCCGUUGCUGUUUUUGAUGUCUUGUACUUUGGUUGCUGGCAAAUUUAAGAAAUAAAAUUGUUGCUUGAUAGUUUAAAGG